GGGCAGGGUCCGGCCCCUCCACUGGCCCCCAAGGGGCUCAGAUGGGUAGCCUGGCCUUCCUGUGACCCAAAGUGCUGGAGGGAGAAAAAAGGAACCAGCCCUUGCCACUCCCAGCUCUGCAUGGCUGGUUGUGGUCCAAUGCUCACUCGGUGACAACUGGGCCCCCAUGGAGACCAGGCUGCUAGGUAGGGGAGGGACAGUCCCUGCCUACUCCUUGAUGGGGCAGGGAGGCAGGUGACAGGUGUGAGUGUGUGCGCGUGUGUAGGGCACUCAGAGGCACCUGAGAACCUGGACGAAGGGUGCUGAGACAGAUGGGCAGAUGAUAGGGGCAGAAUGGACAGCAUCCCCCCUCUCAGGAACACGUGUCCUUCUGAUCUCCCAUGAGAGGGCUGUGCAGUUUCCCCCACCCGCCCGGGGUGGGGGGAGUCGCACAUGCAGGUGGGCCCAGAGGCAGCACUGGGGAUGGGGGGAGGCAAGUCUUGUCAUCAGAAGCAAAGCUCAGUGUCUGGGAGUGGGGUGGGGUGUUCAAGAACACACCCGUCUUCCCUCCCGGUUCCCCUAAGAAGUGUCCCAUGCCUGGACGCCAUCCCUCAAAUUCUCUCAGUCCAGAGAGGGUUGGCCUACUCUCCCGGUCAUCUGGGAGGCCCUCAGCCGGCUCCUCCUCUCCCCUCCAUCUCUGUGAUGGCAGGGUGGGCAGGCAGAUGAACCAGGAAGCAUGAGUCCUUACAGGAUCCCUGGGCCUAUGAGAAGUGACGGGCUCCACUCUAGAAUCCCCUUCUUCUCUUGAAGACCCCAGACGCCCCAGAGGUCCCUGGCUUGCCCCCACCUCCAGGGAAAAGGGCAGCGAGCACUGGGCCUGCUGCCUGCGGCAGCCUGUUUCCUCCCCUGCAGUCCUGCCGGCGCCUGCCCAGCCGUUUUCCUCCCAGCCGGGAUGCACUUUGGGGGCAACCCGGAGCCACUGCGUCGGACUGGAGAGACUCCCCAGAUUCCUGUCCUUGAGCCCUGGAGCAGGGAGGGUAAGCGCGGAGACUCCCCGUGCGACAGGACCACAGAGACGCGUGAACCUCCGCGCGGCCUAGAGCAGUCCCGGAAGUGCCCGCGGGUUGGGGGCGGGGCUGCGGGCUCUCGGGCCGCCAAGGGCUCCGCGUCAGCAGCUGCCGGGAAGCGGGGCCGGUCGGCCGCGGGUUGGAGCAGCUCAGGUGCAGCCCCGCCCCGCCUGCCCGCGGCCCCGCCCCGACCUAGGUGAGCGGCUCCGCCCAGGCCCAGAAUGGAGACUUCAGGGUGUAGGUGGUACUUAGUGGGAACAGAAAACUCCUAAAGAGGAAACCUUGGAAACACCGUGGUUUAACAGAUUGUAAGAAAAGUAAGAGUGCCCCGAAGAACAUUGUUAAAGAAAUACAGUCGUUGGGGGUGAUACUAGAUCCACAAUGGAGGUUCCCCCAGCAGCCAAGCUUGGGGAGACCUUUGUGUUUGAAGAUGGGUUAGAGAUGCACCAAGAACUCUUCCCAGAGGAGGACCUGGGGGACGCAUUUCUUCAGGAAAGAGGCUUAGAGCAAAUGGCCGUCAUCUAUAAGGAGAUCCCGCUGGGGGAGCCAAGUGAGGAACAUGAUGAUUACGAGGGGAAUUUCAGUCUGUGUGCGAGCCCUGUUCAGCCUCAGGGUCUUUCCCAAGUAAACAAACCUCAGGACGAUGAGCUAUUUGGCCAAACCUUCCUCCAGAAAUCAGACCUUAGUAUGUGUCAGUUAAUCCAUGGUGAAGAAGAACCUAGUAAACAUGACUGUGACCUAGUAGGGAGGGGGGACUUGGGACCCACUGACCCUCACAGAACGGCACAGCCACCAAAACCCUAUGCAUGUCGGGAGUGUGGGAAGGCCUUCAGCCAGAGCUCACACCUGCUCAGACACCUGGUGAUCCACACGGGGGAGAAGCCCUAUGAGUGCUGUGAGUGUGGGAAGGCCUUCAGCCAGAGCUCGCACCUGCUCAGACACCAGAUCAUCCACACCGGGGAGAAGCCUUAUGAAUGCCCAGAGUGCGGAAAAGCCUUUCGCCAGAGCUCGGCCCUCACGCAACAUCAGAAAACCCACACUGGGAAGAGACCCUAUGAGUGCAGGGAAUGUGGGAAGGAUUUCAGCCGGAGCUCAAGUCUCAGAAAACACGAGAGAAUCCAUACUGGAGAGAAGCCUUAUCAGUGUAAGGAAUGCGGGAAAUCCUUCAACCAGAGUUCGGGCCUGAGCCAGCAUCGGAAAAUCCACACCCUAAAGAAACCUCAUGAGUGCGAUCUCUGCGGGAAAGCCUUUUGUCACCGGUCCCACCUCAUUCGGCACCAGAGGAUUCACACGGGGAAGAAACCAUACAAAUGUGAAGAGUGUGGGAAGGCCUUCAGCCAGAGCUCCAACCUCAUUGAGCAUCGGAAGACCCACACCGGGGAGAAACCCUACAAAUGCCACAAGUGCGGGAAGGCCUUCAGCCAGAGCUCCUCCCUCAUUGAGCACCAGCGGAUCCACACGGGGGAGAAGCCCUACGAGUGCGGCCAGUGCGGCAAGGCCUUCUGCCACAGCUCUGCGCUGAUCCAGCACCAGAGGAUCCACACGGGGAAGAAACCCUAUGCGUGCAACGAGUGUGGGAAAGCCUUCCGGCACAGGUCGGCCCUCAUCGAACAUUACAAAACCCACACCAGAGAGAAGCCCUACGAGUGUAACAAGUGUGGCAAGUCCUUCAGGGGAAGCUCACACCUCAUUCGGCAUCAGAAAAUCCACGCGGGGGAGAAGCUCUAGGAGGAGGGGCUCACACCAAAGCUCCAAAGCCUUUCCCAGGCCGAACCUGCACCUGGUCACUUUGGCCACAAGGCCCCCGCCCACCUUCCGGAUAACAGAGCUGAACCUGGGUGCCCCCGAACAGCCACAACCACAGCAAGGCCCCCUCGUGGCCAGGAGUCCUGGGGCCAGUGGGGUUACUGAGUGAAAGGGGGUGGGGGGUAGGAGGCCGCCAGAGUGGCUGUGCGCCUGAGAAGGGCCUUCAGUUUUCUCGUUCUCACAUUUGACUUCCAAGCCUUUGAAGCUGAUUGUGUUUCCCUCUAUUUAGUGUUUUCCUCUAUUCCGGAAUUCAGAGGAGGAGUAAAUGUAAGGAGGGAGAAAGCUGAGUUAAACCCAUGAAAAUGUCAGGUGAGAACCCUUCGACAUCAGGCUAGAGUCUGGCACUUUUAGGAGAGUAACAAUUCUCACAGUCCAAAUUAGCUGGAGAAAAAAUGAAUCCAAAAAGUAGUUACCUCACCACAAAACAGAAUCUUCUGCCUGCCCUGGACACUGGUGGAGAACAGGGUGUAGAGAGUCUGGAAGAACUGGCUCUGGGACUGAGGGUGAGGGUGUGAGGCCCUGGUGUGGUCCUUUAAUCGGGUUCUGAGGCUGAGGGCAGCCUCUCUCCCAGGAGAGUAGAGGUUCCGUCCUGCAGGCCAGAGGGUAUUGGUGCCCAGCUCUGACUCAGCCCAGCCCGAGGCAGAGCGCUCUCUGGGACUAGGCCCUCCACAAGACCCGGGGCCUCCGAGACCUCAGUGUGCCUUGGACAUCAGCAGGGCGUGUGUUUCUGGGCUGGCGGCUCUGCAGCCUCUUCACCUUCCAAUGCGGGGUCACGCUGGGGUCGGGCAGGGGUAGAGGGAACUCCGGAAGCAGGGUGGUUCAAUCAGAGGUUCAGACCUCUGGGUCCAAGUCUUGGUUCUGUCCUACCUCUGUGACCUUGAGGAAGCCCCAAGCCUCCGCUUUCCUAUCUGUGAAACGGGGAUGGUGGGGCCUGGCCACGUAUUUCUCAGGACUGGAGCAAGGCUUCCAUUCAGAAUGAGGCCCCAUGUGAAAGUGCUUUGACAACUGGUGAUUGAGUGUGGUUGCCCCACUGGAGACACUGUCCCUGAAGCCUGGAGAGACAUCCCAUCUGGUCCCCGAAACAGCAGAGCUUGCAGCAGUCCCUCGUUAAACCAGGCUUUCCCAUACUCCCUCAGGCUCGCACCCGGGCUGCGCUGCCCUGUGUUUGUCCCGCACACAGACAUUGCCUGGGGCCAUCCCGAGCCACCCCUCGGUGGCAGUGCAGUCUGUGUCCCUGCACAUCUCUCUGUCCUCCCCUCUGCCAACUGGUAUUCAGCCAGGGGUGGGUCCCAUGUGGACCAGUCGGUGGGCAUCCCCAGAGGUGGGAGGGGUGUUUUUAAAGCUCCUCGGUGGUUAUGUGUCCCUGCACACAUCCAGGCCGUGAGCCCUGUGCUGGGCACCACGCAGCCCCAGCAUCUCCCAAAAGUCAGGCCGGCUUGCCUGGACUGAGGAGAGCUUGAAGGUGACCACUGCACCUCAGUCCCCCAGGAGUGGGCUCUGGCAGGGAUGCUGCAGGGUCUGGCUAGUUGGUAAUUGUCCUGGGCCCUCAGGCCUUCGGGUGGCCCUGGGGAUCAUUGGUACUGGCUUUCCCCCCAGGCUUCUCCGGCUAGUGUGGGAGGAGGCAGUCUGAGCUAUUUUGAAGUUUUCCAAACAUUACGGCUGGAAUUACAUGAAUGCAUCAGGGUGACACUGGUAAUUCCAGCUAAUCAGAAGCUUAGCUUGGCUAUUAUAUGUAAUCGGAUGACUAAAAUGGGAGAGCCGUGGUUGUUACUUGGUAAGUGGGGCUCGAGAGCCAGAGGUUUGAUUUUAUUAUUAAACAACAAAAAUUUUUAAUGCUCCAACCAACUAAGCUCUCUGGCCAAGACAGUAGCCAGAGAUUUUAAAAGGUGGUGGGGGACAUCACUUCUCUCCCGGUCUGCCCUCUGCUGUGUGAGUGUGUGAAACGUUAAACUAGCACCCCUGGGGCCCCGGGACCUGCUUCUCCACCUGCCACCUGGGCGCCUGGGCAUCAUAGCCAUUUACCAAGAGGGAGGAGAGAAUGCUGAGACCCCCUGCUUGGUGCAGGUGACAGCAGCCACCUGCCCCCAUCUCCUUUGGUGGCCUCUCACCUCAUCCCUGUCAGGUGUCAUCUGUUUCCUUCCACGUCCUGCUGUAAAAGGCACAACAUUUACAGGACCUGAGGAGAAACCAGAGCGUUCCUUCCACAUCCUUCCAUGCACCAGAACCAAAUCGAAUUUUUUAAAGCAUCACUUUGCACAUGUCACUGCUCCCCUCAAAACCAGCCUUUCAGGGCUUUUCUGCACAUAAACCCCCAUUUCAGCCAGUCCCGUUCACCUUGCUCUCUAAGCAAGCCAUGGUGCGGCCUGUCCUCAACUCGGUCCCAGCUUCUCUCGACUCCUUUUAUGCCGUUCUCGCGUUUUGGGAUUUGCACUUUCUCAUCCUCCCCCACCUGUCUCCUUCCUUCCUUUUGAUAGUUGAUGUAACUGCAGGAUGAAAACCCCUUUCUGAAGGGUUGACAGUUUCAAGUAAUCACAGGAACACCAGGGACCUCUCACCUUUGGAAGUGCGAGCAGAACCUAGUUCCUUCUGGUCAAUUUCUUUCACUGUUUCAUUACAUGUUUGAAUUCUUUCCAUUUUAUUUAGGUUCCCAGUGUAAUGUUUUGAGACAUGGCCCUGGUAAUAUUUAAUCGUUCUUGAAUUUAGUUGUUUCUGUCGUCUUUCUUUUCCUCGUGGCAGAUCUCGAGUGUUGUACGUACAAGUCCAACUCUUGGUCUUGUUCACUAGUUGUUGUGUCAAAGUACGUGUAUUCUCUUCUGUUUUGUCUUAAUAGUUUAUGUCUCUAAGAUUAAUUAUUAGUUAAUCAUUUUUAAUGUUUCUAGUGAAUGUGGGUACUUUGAUCUACAGGUGUUUUUUUUUUCCCCUAUAGUGAGGGCCUUUUCUGCACUCAAGUUUGACAUGUGGUAUUUUCUGUUAUUAUAUUAGGUAUUUCCUUUUGGCCCAAAUGUUGUUAUGACUUUUUGUAUUCCCAAGUGACAAAUGCUUAAGUCAUUGUUAUUUCUUACUGUAUUGUGGUGUCAACAUUUCGAAGUAUCCAUAGAACUUUGUCAGGCCUGAAUAUAUUAUCAGUUUUUAUAAAGCAUUUGUGUACUCUCGAGAAAUGUGUUCUUACUCCAUCAGUUUUAUUUGUUAAGUCAGUUUUUAAACGAUUUUACUGAAACUCAUAUUUUCUCUGAGUUUUGCUUACUUCAGAGUUCUGGGCCUGGGGUCCAUGGACGGCCUAGGAGCCUGUGAACACACAGGGCUUUUAGACACUGUGGACCGCUAGGGGCUGAAUAAAGCUCCGUGGAUGUAUGUGUAUGAAUGAAUCAUUCUGGGAAAGGGGUCUGUAGCAUUAGUCACAUUUUUCAAGGGCAACGCCAAAAUAGUUACGAACACUCAUUUACCUGAUCUAAUUGCAGUGAGAUUUUGUGUUUUUUCUUUGCGUAUUUCUGUUCCCCUUCCAUUUCGGUUCCUCUUUUACAUGCAUGGUGUUGCUGUGUUGCCAUGCAGUCACCACAGCUCUUUUUGGAGACACGGGCAGGGUGGACAUUGUCGGUAAGUACCGCGGUACCUGGGGUCUGUGUAUUGACGGUGACCUGUGGAAAAACUGUGCCUUUCACUGCCCUCUUUGCCUCUCGUACGGCUUCUAGCUCACACUUCUCUUUUCCAAAUCCUUUGCUUUUCUUGAUUUGCAUUUGCAUGAGAGUUUAUUGAGCUCAGCAUUUUAAUUUUUAAAUUUGUGUAUAUAUUUUGCUAUUUCUCUGUAACUUAUAAAUACCAAGUUGUUGAUUUUUA